CUCUUCACGUGCUAUUGUAUACUAUCCCAACAACCUCAGAACUUCGCUUGUUUUCUCUUCACGUGCUAUUAUAUACUAUCCCAACAACCUCAGAACUUAGCUUGUUCCAAGCUUAGCCCUCCAAUAAUUUCCUUUCCUCUCAACCAUAGGCCAAGCAAUCUCACCAUCUUCAUCUAGCUAUUCGAUUUCUUCAUAACUAUGGCAGCAGAAAAAUUAGAAGCCCCUGCUUCUGUUUCGAUAGAGAUCUUUGAGAAAUAUGACGAAGAGCUAUCACAAGAAUGCCACAAUAUCAUCGCCGCCUUGCCCUCGGAAUCAGAUUGGUUUUCAGUCCAACUCUACCGAUAUCAAGGUUUCUGGUACCAGAAGAGGCUGAUUCAACCAAUCCUCAAUUGCCAGAAGCACUUCCAAGCUCAUGACACUGACAUUUUCAUUGCCACCCCACUAAAAUGUGGCACAACCUGGCUCAAAGCCCUCACUUUCACCAUCAUCAACCGCAAGAAAUAUAAUUUGAACCCAAAUCUAGACACAACCCAAACCAACGCACCACACCCUCUCCUCACUGCCAACCCUCAUGUUUUGGUGCCAAACUUAGAGUUUGACCUCUAUUUUAACACUAACAACCCUGAUCUGAGCUCAUUCCCAUCACCAAGGCUCCUUUCUAGCCAUCUACCAUACGCUUCAUUGCCAGAGCCGGCAAAACAAUCAAGAUGUAAGAUGGUGUUCUUGUGUCGAAACCCUAAGGAUGUGUUCGUCUCGUUCUGGCACUUCACGAAUAGGUUAAGACCAGACAUUCAAGAGUUCAACACAAUCGAGUAUUUGUUUGAGAAGUUUUGUCGAGGAGUGAAUUACUUUGGGCCGUUUUGGGAUCAUGUGUUGGGGUACUACAAGGAGAGUUUGGAGAGGCCAGAAAAGAUUAUGUUUUUAAAGUAUGAAGAGCUUAAGAGUGAGCCAGUAAGGGUUUUGAAGGACUUGGGAAAAUUUUUAGGGUAUGGUUUCUCUGAGGAAGAAGAGAAUGGUAAUGUUAUAGAUGAUAUAUUGAGGCUAUGUAGUUUUGAGAAUUUAAAAAAUUUGGAGGUGAAUAAAAGUGAAAAAUUGCCUGCUGGUGUAGAAAACAAGACUUACUUCAGACGUGGAGAAGUUGGAGAUUGGAAGAAUUUUUUGACAAUUGACAUGAUGAAACAGAUUGAUGCUAUUACUGAAGAGAAGUUUGGAAAACAUGACUUGAAGUUUUAGGCCCAUGUGAUCUUUAUUCAGUCUACUCAAAAUGACAAGGGUGCGUGAAUUCCGAAACUUGAAGAAGAAGAAUCAUUUAGCACAAACAGGAUCACUGUACCGUAGAGAGCUGUAAUUUGAUAACUACUGUUGGAUAAGAGGAUGAUGCCUCGAGGUUUCAAUGCUUUAUUUAUUG